AAAUUCUAUUUAAAUCAUUCUCGUGUAAGAUCGAGAUCCAGUGUUUGGAUCAGAGCGGCGCGCGCCUGCAACGAAUCACAACUUACCGCAAAGAUGUCGAUAGUACCAAUGAUGUUCCGUGACUGGUGGGACGACUGGGAUCGCCCAUCUCGACUCCUGGACCAGCACUUCGGUAUGGGUCUCCGGAGAGACGACCUCAUGUCAUACCUCUCGAAUUUCCCCUCAACAUCUCUGAGGAAUUCCUACUUCCGACCCUGGAGAACAAACCUUACACGACAGGAAUCAGCGUCAACUAUUAACUUUACAAAGGAUAAAUUUGAGGUUAUCCUGGAUGUUCAACAGUUCACACCGGAAGAGCUGGUAGUAAAAGCGGCGAACAACUCCAUUGUAGUUGAAGGAAAGCACGAAGAGAAACAAGAUGAACACGGCUACAUUUCCAGGCAGUUCACAAGACGAUACGUCUUACCUUCGGGGUACGAUGUCGUCGAUCUCGUCAGCACUUUGUCUUCAGACGGUGUUCUUACUAUCACAGCGCCUAAACGACCACCCCCUCAAUCUGGUGAAAGAAUCGUCCCCAUAACGAAGACUGGACCGGCCAAACAACCAGAACCGCUCAGACAAACGGAACAGCCCAGAGAGCAGACUGUACCUAUCGUUACAUCCCCUUAGAAUCGAUAUAUCGAUAUGUUACGAUCGAAUCAUAAAUAGCAUUUAUUUUAGUCUCGUUGUUGGCCAAUAACGAGAUGCAACUCGAUUCGAAAUGAACGAAUUAGGUUUAAAGAGGAAUGCAAUAGAUUUCGUAUCAACCAUAAGUUAUAAUUAAACACAUAUUUUCAAGUAAUCAAACGUGUAUUUAUUUCUU